AUGGGAAACUUUGUAAGUUUCUUCUUUUCAUUGAAAAUACCGAUAAAAUUUUUCCGUCUUUCGUUACUCACCGAAAGUGAACAUCUCUUAUAAAUUCCUUUCUUAAGAGGUUAAAAAACAUCUCUGACCUGUCUGCGCUCUCUUUUCCUUCAGAAAAAUGAAAAUAGUUCGUGAACACGAGACCUUCGCCGAGGGGAAAAUAAUCGUCGCAAGUUUGAGAUUCAGACGGAUGGGAUAUAAAUUUUCUGAUUAUCCUUUUUAACUCUGAAAUUCGCUAAUUUACAGUUUGGCCGCUCCACAACCGAAGAAGAUAAACACAAAGAAAGAUUGGCGGCAAUACAUCAAAGACAUGAGGAGGAAAAGAGACGAAAUCAAGAAAACCACGAACAGAAACUGAGAAAAAUCGAGGAAGACGGCCGAAUGGAUACGCUGAGAAGGAGGGAAGCUGAACGAAGAGAGAGAGAAAACUUCAACACUUUGAGACAGCUGAGAAGAUUGGAACGACAUCAAGAAGAACAGGCCCAAAACGCAGCUCACGAUGCAACAAUGGAAGCCCUAGAAGAACAGUUUCGAAGAAGAGUCGAGGAAUUGAAUGCUAACAGACCUUGA